AUGAGCAACGACGAGGCUGUAGAGAAAAUCACCCAACAAGUGUCGGAACUGAAAAGCACAGAUGUUAAAGAACAAGUGGUCACACCUUGGGAUGUGGAAGGUGGUGUUGAUGAACAAGGUAGAGCCCAAAAUAUCGAUUACGAUAAAUUGAUCAAACAAUUUGGUACUAAACCGGUCAACGAAGAAACCUUGAAAAGAUUUAAGCAAGUGACGGGUCGUGAACCACAUCAUUUUUUGCGUAAGGGUUUGUUUUUCAGUGAGCGUGAUUUCACUAAAAUUCUAGACCUUUACGAGCAAGGCAAACCAUUUUUCUUGUACACCGGUAGAGGUCCCUCGAGUGACUCCAUGCACUUGGGUCAUAUGAUCCCUUUUGUAUUCACCAAAUGGUUACAGGAAGUGUUUGACGUACCAUUAGUUAUUGAGUUGACUGAUGACGAAAAAUUUUUAUUCAAGCACAAGUUGUCAAUUAAUGACGUUAAGAACUUCGCCCGUGAAAAUGCCAAGGACAUCAUUGCCGUUGGAUUUGAUCCAAAGAACACCUUUAUCUUUUCUGAUUUGCAAUACAUGGGUGGUGCAUUUUACGAAACUGUAGUAAGAGUUUCCAGACAAAUUACAGGAUCUACUGCAAAGGCCGUUUUCGGGUUUAAUGACUCCGAUUGUAUUGGUAAGUUCCACUUUGCCUCCAUUCAAAUUGCUACUGCAUUCCCAAGCUCAUUUCCUAAUGUGUUAGGUUUGCCUGAUAAGACACCGUGUUUGAUUCCAUGUGCCAUUGACCAAGAUCCAUAUUUCAGAGUCUGUAGGGAUGUAGCAGAUAAAUUGAAGUAUUCCAAGCCUGCCUUGCUUCAUUCCAGAUUUUUCCCGGCUUUGCAAGGUUCCACCACUAAAAUGUCAGCUUCUGAUGACACCACUGCCAUUUUCAUGACCGAUACACCUAAGCAAAUUCAAAAGAAAAUAAACAAGUACGCAUUCAGCGGUGGUCAAGUAUCCGCCGAUCUCCAUAGAGAGUUGGGUGGUAAUCCCGAUGUCGACGUUGCAUACCAAUACUUGUCAUUCUUCAAGGAUGACGAUGCUUUCUUGAAGGAAUGUUAUGACAAAUAUAAGGCCGGUGAAUUGCUAUCCGGUGAAAUGAAGAAACUAUGUAUCGAGACCCUGCAAGAAUUCGUUAAGGCGUUCCAAGAACGUAGAGCUCAAGUAGACGAAGAAACCUUGGAUAAAUUCAUGGUUCCACAUAAGUUGGUUUGGGGCGAAAAAGAAAGACUCGUCGCUCCUAAGCCAAAGACUAAGCAAGAAAAGAAGUGA